CAUGCAAUGCCUGGAGGCCUUGGGUCGGUCAGUGCCAAUAUGGGUUCUACUCGUUCCGAUGGCUCAGGAAAAGAACGCUUGCGCUGGACACAGGAACUGCAUGAUCGGUUUGAAGAGGCUGUUAAUCAGCUUGGUGGUGCCGAUAGAGCAACUCCAAAGGGAAUCUUGAAGGCUAUGGCUGUUCCCGGACUAACCAUUUACCAUGUUAAAAGCCACCUGCAGAAAUACAGAAUAUCAAAGUUUGUACCAGAAUCAUCCAGUAGAGCCAAGUUUGAGAGGAGAAGCAUUUCAGAAAUGUUGCCUAAUUUCAGUACAACUUCGGGUGCUCAGCUUAAGGAAGCAUUACAAAUGCAGAUGGAAGUAGAAAGGCGUUUGAGCGAUCAACUUGAGGUUCAGAAGAGCUUGAAGCUGAAAAUCGAAGCCCAGGGAAGAUUUUUUGAGAGAAUUGCAGAGGAACAACGCAACUGGGUGAGCAUCAUGAAACCCACCAAGCUCUUCUCCCCCACAUCACUGCCUUCCCUCUGUGAAGAGUCUGAGUCAAAUGCAAAGGAAUCCGAUUCUGAUUCAGAUUCCAACAAGACCGACAUGCAAUAUGAAGGAUUUCAAGCGAAGAGGCCUAGACUAAUGGAUGAUCACAUUUACCCUCCAAGGUUCAAACAUGCACCACCCAGUUCGGGAUCCCACGAUCCAACCACCAUGCUUCUUCCAAAGGAUAAUGUGAAACUUUCAUAUCCUCCUCCUGCCCAUGAAAUCAGCUUUCCAUGGAGUAUCACUGCCUGCCCAUCGCCUCUAGUCCCUGGGUUUUUAUAGUUUUUGUGUAAUAAGCUCCAAGAUUUUUCUAAAUAAAACCCAUCUAUAUCUAUAGCGCAGCAGUAUGGCACAUUAAUCAUCGUGAUUGCGUGUGGAUGAAUGAUGAUAUGGAUUAUGGAUUGUCCAACAUACACCAGCCUUGCUGCUCACUCACAUAUCAUUUUUCAUCCAGGUUCUUGGAACAUGUAUUGCUCUCCUUGUAAUUUUAAAUAAAGAGACAUCAUAUCUUACUGUG